UUCCUGCUUUCUUAUUAUACAACCAGAAUCACAGAAUUUGUGAGCUCUGAACAACAGAUUCCUCUCGCUCUCCCUUUUCUCUGGUCAGAAGUGAGGAGAAAUUAAACGAUGGGUCCUUCUGCUUUUGCAGCAGUCGUUUUGUUUGUUAUUGAAUUUUGGCCGCAAGUGCAUGGAAGCAAAUGUGAUAUUUACAGAGGAAGAUGGGUGCAUGAUGCUUCUUAUCCUCUUUACAGAUCAACCCAUUGCCCUUUCAUACAACAAGAGUUCAAUUGCCAAAAGAAUGGUCGACCUGACCACCUCUAUCUCAAGUAUAGAUGGCAACCCACUUCAUGCAACUUGCCAAGGUUCUGUGGCAGAGACUUCUUACGAAGAUUUAAAGGGAAGCGCAUCAUGUUUGUAGGUGACUCACUGAGCUUAAAUCAAUGGCAGUCGCUCACAUGUUUGCUUCAUAGAGCCGUACCACGAGCCAAUUACACCUUGCAAAGAAUAGGAGGCCUCUCCACAUUCAACUUCACAGCAUAUGGAGUGUCAAUUAUGUACUCACGCAAUGCAUUUCUUGUUGAUAUUGUCAAUGGAAAAAAUGGGCGAGUUCUAAAACUCAACUCAAUCGGGAGUGGACAACUUUGGAAAGGAGUUGAUUUGUUGAUCUUUGACACGUGGCAUUGGUGGCUUCACACCGGCAGAAAACAACCAUGGGAUUAUGUCCAGGACGAUAAGAUAACUCGCAAAGACAUGAAUCGCAUGGUAGCCUAUGAGAAAGCUUUGAGGACAUGGGCCAGAUGGGUGAAACUCACUGUAAAUCCUGCUAAAACCAAGGUGUUCUUCCAAGGCGUCUCCCCUGAUCAUAUGGAUUCGAGGGAUUGGGGUGAUCCAACAGCAAAAACUUGCCGAGGGGAAGCCCACCCAAUAAUAUCUAAGCGGGGCUAUCCAGGAGGUCCACAUCCAGCCCAAGUUGUUUUAAAGAAAGUGUUGCGAAGUGUGUCAAAGCAAGUUCAUUUGCUUGAUAUAACAAGCUUGUCGCAACUAAGGAAGGACGGACACCCUUCAGCCUUUGGCUACGGAGGCCGCCGCGGCACAGAUUGUACACAUUGGUGUCUCCCUGGAGUUCCUGAUACAUGGAACGAACUGCUGUUUGCAGCUCUCAUCCACUAAGGGGGGUUGCCUGGUAGUUAAUUGGAAUAUACAUAUAUAGAGAGAGAGUGUGUGAGAGAGAACAAAAAGUAGAGUUAUUCCAGCAUAGAUUAUUAGAAUUGCUAGGUAAAGCUGCAGCAAAACAAUCUGGAACAUGAGGAAAAGGAAUAA